AUUUCUCACAGCGAGGCUUUGCAUUCGAUGGGAUCUGUGAGCUUCGGCAGCACCAUCACCAUCCCUCCUCCAUUCCGCCAUUAAAAUAAUCCCUCUCCUUCUCCAUUUUUACUGUCGAACCAUCACUCUUCUUCUUCUUCACAUCCUCCUUCAUAACCUCCUCUCUUCUCUGUAUCGACGCCACCUCAGAUCUCUCUCUCUCUCUCUACCUCAGGGUUUCAUCGCUGCAUCAGAUCUGCGCAGCGACUUGAACAACCAGUCGGGGGCCCUCCCUCCCAGAUCUCGCUGCCUUUGGAGCUUUCUCGACCCUCUCCAAUCUGAGCCACCAUGGCUGCGGCCAACGCUCCGGUCGCCAUGAAGGAGGCUCUCACGCUUCCGAGCAUUGGCAUCAAUCCACAAUUCAUCACGUUCACCCAUGUCACCAUGGAGUCGGACAAGUAUAUAUGUGUUCGGGAGACGUCGCCCCAGAAUAGUGUGGUUAUUAUUGAUAUGAGCAUGCCCAAUCAACCUCUGAGGAGGCCCAUCACUGCAGACUCUGCUCUUAUGAACCCUAAUUCUAGAAUCCUUGCUCUUAAAGCUCAACUUCCGGGAACCACACAAGAUCACUUGCAAAUAUUUAACAUUGAGAUGAAAGCAAAAAUGAAGUCCCAUCAAAUGCCAGAGCAGGUUGUCUUUUGGAAAUGGAUCACUCCUAAAAUGUUGGGUUUAGUUACACAAACCACGGUAUAUCACUGGUCAAUUGAAGGUGACUCUGAGCCUGUGAAAAUGUUUGAGAGAACAGCUAAUCUGGUGAACAAUCAGAUUAUUAACUACCGAUGUGAUACUUCUGAGAAGUGGCUGGUUUUGAUUGGCAUCGCCCCAGGCUCCCCAGAGAGGCCACAAUUGGUCAAGGGGAACAUGCAACUUUUCUCUGUGGAUCAGCAGCGUAGUCAAGCUCUUGAAGCUCAUGCUGCAGCAUUCGCCUCAUUCAAAGUCCCAGGAAAUGAGAAUCCUUCUACACUCAUAAGCUUUGCAACGAAAACCAUUAAUGCUGGACAGGUUACAUCAAAGUUACAUGUCAUUGAACUGGGCGCCCAGCCAGGAAAGCCAUCCUUUACAAAAAAGCAGGCAGAUCUUUUCUUUCCUCCAGAUUUUGCUGAUGACUUCCCAGUUGCAAUGCAGAUAUCUCACCAAUAUGGUUUGAUAUAUGUGAUUACCAAGCUUGGGCUGUUGUUUGUGUAUGACUUGGAGACUGCAACUGCAGUAUACAGAAACAGAAUAAGUCCAGAUCCAAUAUUUUUGACAGCUGAAGCUUCGUCUAUUGGAGGAUUUUAUGCCAUCAAUAGACGGGGACAGGUUCUACUUGCUACUAUAAAUGAGGCUACUAUUGUACCCUUUGUCAGUGGCCAGUUAAACAACUUGGAGCUUGCUGUCAAUCUUGCCAAAAGAGGAAAUCUUCCUGGUGCUGAGCAGCUGGUUGUCCAAAGAUUCCAAGAACUGUUUGCCCAGACAAAGUACAAAGAAGCUGCUGAACUUGCAGCUGAGUCUCCACAAGGAAUUUUACGCACCCCUGAUACAGUCGCCAAGUUUCAGACCGUCCCUGUGCAAGCUGGGCAGACACCACCUCUGUUGCAGUACUUUGGCACACUUCUUACUAGAGGAAAACUUAAUGCAUUUGAAUCAUUGGAACUAUCUCGGCUUGUUGUGAACCAAAACAAGAAGAACCUAUUGGAGAAUUGGCUUGCGGAGGACAAGCUAGAAUGCAGCGAGGAACUUGGAGACCUUGUGAAGACUGUGGAUAAUGAUCUAGCGUUGAAAAUAUUCAUCAAAGCCAGAGUAACUCCUAAAGUUGUUGCAGCUUUUGCUGAGCGGAGAGAGUUUGAUAAGAUACUGAUAUAUUCAAAGCAGGUUGGGUAUAACCCUGAUUAUUUGUUUCUUUUGCAAACAAUCCUCCGACAAGAUGCACAGGGCGCCUUGAAUUUUGCUUUGAUGAUGUCUCAAAUGGAGGGAGGAUGUCCAGUUGACUACAAUACAAUUACAGAUCUCUUUCUUCAGAGAAAUUUGAUCCGUGAGGCAACAGCCUUUCUGUUGGAUGUUUUGAAACCAAAUCUUCCAGAACAUGGUUUUCUUCAAACAAAGGUUCUUGAAAUCAAUUUGGUCACUUUCCCUAAUGUUGCUGAUGCAAUCUUGGCCAAUGGAAUGUUUAGCCACUAUGACCGUCCUCGGAUUGCCCAGCUUUGUGAAAAGGCUGGUCUUUAUGUUAGGGCAUUGCAACACUAUUCAGAACUGCCAGAUAUCAAACGUGUAAUCGUGAAUACCCAUGCUAUUGAGCCACAGUCGCUGGUAGAGUUUUUUGGCACCCUCUCACGGGAAUGGGCUUUAGAGUGCAUGAAGGACCUUUUGCUGGUUAAUCUCCGUGGCAACCUUCAGAUAAUAGUACAGGUUGCCAAAGAAUACUGUGAGCAGCUGGGCGUUGAGCCCUGCAUAAAGAUUUUUGAGCAAUUCAAGUCUUAUGAAGGACUCUACUUUUUCCUGGGUUCGUACUUGAGCUCCAGUGAGGACCCUGACAUUCAUUUCAAGUAUAUUGAAGCCGCUGCUAAAACCGGUCAAAUUAAAGAGGUUGAACGAGUGACCAGAGAAUCAAACUUCUAUGACGCAGAAAAGACAAAGAACUUUUUAAUGGAGGCCAAGCUUCCAGAUGCACGGCCCCUUAUCAAUGUCUGUGAUCGAUUUGGGUUUGUGCCUGAUCUCACUCACUACCUUUAUACCAACAACAUGCUCCGCUAUAUUGAAGGUUAUGUCCAGAAGGUGAACCCUGGGAACACUCCCUUAGUUGUGGGACAGUUGCUAGAUGACGAGUGUCCAGAAGACUUUAUCAAAGGCUUGAUUCUGUCUGUUCGUUCUCUGCUUCCAGUGGAGCCCCUUGUGGAGGAAUGUGAAAAAAGGAAUCGUCUGCGGUUACUUACUCAGUUCCUGGAGCAUCUUGUGAGUGAGGGAAGCCAAGAUGUACACGUCCAUAAUGCCCUGGGUAAAAUAAUUAUAGACAGCAACAACAAUCCAGAACACUUCCUCACCACCAACCCAUACUAUGAUUCCCGUGUAGUGGGUAAAUACUGUGAAAAGCGUGAUCCCACUCUAGCAGUUGUAGCUUACCGAAGAGGCCAAUGUGAUGAGGAGCUUAUCAAUGUAACUAACAAGAACUCUUUGUUCAAGUUACAAGCCAGGUACGUUGUUGAGAGAAUGGAUGGUGAUCUCUGGGAGAAGGUUCUAAACCCUGAGAAUGAAUAUAGGAGACAGCUGAUUGAUCAGGUUGUAUCUACAGCAUUGCCUGAAAGCAAAAGUCCAGAGCAAGUGUCUGCAGCUGUUAAAGCCUUCAUGACAGCUGAUCUUCCACAUGAACUGAUUGAGCUCUUGGAGAAAAUUGUUCUGCAGAACUCUGCAUUCAGUGGGAACUUUAACCUACAAAACCUGCUUAUCCUUACCGCUAUUAAGGCAGACCCAUCAAGAGUUAUGGAUUAUGUCAAUAGACUUGAUAACUUUGAUGGACCUGCUGUUGGAGAAGUUGCUGUGGAAGCUCAACUAUACGAGGAAGCCUUUGCAAUUUUCAAAAAGUUCAACAUGAAUGUUCAGGCUGUUAAUGUCUUAUUGGACAAUAUUAGAAGCAUUGAGCGAGCUGUGGAGUUUGCAUUCAGGGUUGAAGAAGAUGCUGUCUGGAGCCAGGUAGCUAAGGCUCAGUUGAGGGAGGGUCUAGUGAGUGAUGCAAUUGAGUCGUUUAUUCGGGCAGAUGAUGCGACUCAAUUCUUGGAUGUUAUUCAAGCUGCAGAGAACGCAAAUGUCUACCAUGACUUGGUGAAAUACCUUUUAAUGGUUAGGCAGAAGGCAAAAGAGCCAAAAGUGGACAGUGAACUUAUUUAUGCGUAUGCAAAGAUUGAUAGAUUGGGUGAAAUUGAAGAAUUUAUUCUCAUGCCUAAUGUGGCCAAUCUGCAAAAUGUUGGUGAUCGCCUGUUUGAUGAAGCCUUAUAUGAGGCUGCUAAGAUCAUAUUUGCCUUUAUCUCUAACUGGGCCAAGUUGGCGUGCACACUGGUGAAGCUGCAACAAUUCCAAGGUGCUGUUGAUGCAGCACGAAAAGCCAACAGUGCAAAGACAUGGAAAGAAGUUUGUUUUGCUUGUGUUGAUGCUGAGGAGUUCCGCUUAGCUCAAAUAUGUGGUUUGAACAUCAUUGUCCAGGUGGAUGACCUGGAAGAAGUCAGUGAAUUCUAUCAGAACAGAGGAUGCUUUAAUGAGCUCAUCUCACUUAUGGAGAGUGGUUUGGGGCUAGAACGUGCACAUAUGGGCAUUUUCACUGAAUUGGGAGUUCUUUAUGCUAGAUACCGUCCUGAGAAGCUGAUGGAGCACAUCAAGCUCUUCUCAACGCGUCUCAACAUUCCAAAGCUUAUCAGAGCUUGUGAUGAGCAACAACAUUGGAAGGAGCUUACCUAUUUGUACAUUCUAUAUGAUGAGUUUGAUAAUGCUGCAACUACCAUAAUGAACCACUCCCCAGAAGCAUGGGAACACAUGCAAUUUAAAGAUGUUAUCGUCAAAGUUGCUAAUGUUGAACUCUACUAUAAGGCUGUGCACUUCUACUUGCAAGAACAUCCAGAGCAGAUCAAUGAUGUUCUAAAUGUGCUUGCACUGCGAGUGGACCAUACACGUGUUGUUGACAUCAUGCGAAAGGCUGGUCACCUGCGUCUUGUGAAGCCAUACAUGGUUGCAGUUCAAAGCAAUAAUGUGUCUGCUGUGAAUGAGGCUUUGAAUGAGAUAUAUGUGGAAGAGGAAGACUACGAUCGACUACGUGAAUCUAUUGAUUUGCAUGAUAACUUUGAUAUGAUAGGCUUGGCUCAAAAGAUUGAGAAGCAUGAGCUUCUUGAAAUGAGAAGAGUUGCUGCUUAUAUUUACAAGAAGGCUGGCCGAUGGAAGCAGUCAAUUGCACUGUCAAAGAAAGACAAUCUUUACAAAGAUGCAAUGGAGACAGCUUCUCAGUCUGGUGAACGUGAACUUGCUGAAGAGUUGCUUGUUUAUUUCAUUGAAAAGGGGAAGAAAGAAUGCUUUGCAUCUUGCCUAUUUGUUUGCUAUGAUUUGGUUCGAGCAGAUAUCGCUCUUGAGCUAGCUUGGAUGAACAACAUGAUUGACUUUGCCUUCCCAUAUCUCCUCCAGUUUAUCCGUGAAUACACAGGCAAAGUUGAUGAGCUAAUAAAAGACAAGAUUGAAGCUCAAAAAGAGGUUAAGGCAAAAGAAAAGGAAGAGAAGGACGUGAUUGCACAGCAGAAUAUGUAUGCUCAAUUGCUGCCUCUCGCUCUGCCUGCACCGCCAAUGCCCGGUAUGGGAGGACCAGGAAUGGGGGGAGGCUUUGCUCCACCUCCCAUGGGCGGAAUGGGAAUGCCUCCGAUGCCACCUUUUGGCAUGCCACCCAUGGGCAGUUAUUGAGUUAUUGAGAAACAUUGCAAAAUUUCCAGGAAUUAAGAGCAGGAUAGCAGUUUGAGUUCUUCAUUGACGUGUGUGGCUGAGGGUAAAUUUUCUUUCAUUUUUUGCAGAAAGGGUUGAGGUUUCUUUGAAAUAAUUGCUCUUGUUUUCAAAAGGUGUGUCUAUUAUUAGCUGUUGAUAAUUUUUUUGGGGGGAAUAGAACUAGAAGACAGCAUUCUUUGGGCUAUUGUAGAGGCCCAGCCAAGCGGUUUCUUGUAUUAUAAUACUAAUUUCGUUUCAUUGUGUAUCCACGACCAAGAGUAUCACAUGAAUUUUAUGUGCUCGGACGAACUUUUUGAUGAAAUUCUUUGACUGGUUUACUUGAAAA